AUGUUGUCUAGAGUUGCAAGAAAUAGUCUCAGGGGAGUAUCUUUACCCAAGAACAUUGUUGGAAUUUCUCGAAUUGUUGCAAUUCCAAGAAACUAUGCCACCUCAUCUUCCACUGACAACGGAGCAACAGAAGUUUUCACCAAGUUAUCAGACUCAAAUGACCCCAAAAGGACGCCCUUUUUCCAAUACAGCUGGGGUUCAUGGUUGAAAGAUGACAAGUUGAUGAAGAAGCAGCGUGAAACUGUUUUUUCAAUUGAAGGGUUGACUACAUCGCUCAAUGAUUUGGAUAAAUUGAGAGAUGAUUCGGGCCAAUUGGCUGCACCAAAGGAAAAUAAGGGAUCUUUUGUAUUGCAGCAUAACUUGACAGAUGAUCUAGUUGGACCCAAAUCCGGCAAACUUCUUGUUAAAUCAAUUGCAUCGAUUCACGAAGGAAAACAUCAUAGAGUGUACAAAGUGACAUUGUCGACUGGUAAGGAGUUAGUAUUGAGAAUCCCAUACAAGAUUGACUCAGAUGCAGCAAUUGCUUCCAAAAUCAAAAGUGAGGUUGCAACUUUGGAUUUCUUGGAUUUGAAAUUGAACUUGAAUGUCCCCAAAGUCGUUGCAUAUGGUCUGGAUUCCAAGAACGAAGUUGGGUCUCCAUUCAUCUUGCAAGAAUUUAUUGGCGGCGAUUUAUUGAUGAAAAAAUGGCACCCAUUGGAUCCUGAUUCCAAGGAAACAGAGAACCAAUUGAAACAAGUCAUUGACCCAAUUGCCAAAUUCCAAGAUGAUAUUCUCGGAAUAACAUUCAACAAGUUUGGUUCGUUGUACUUUUACAAUGAUGUUUCACCCACAUUACAAGCAGAUGAACCAUAUAACGAUGAAAAAGAUGGAAAGUUGUUGAAACGAUGGAGGAUCGGACCAAGUGUGGAGAAGCAAUUUACCAAGAACAAGAACAAGCUAUCACAAAAGACAAUCGACCAGUAUAAUGGACCUUGGGAUGCUGCCAAUCCAGUACAAGUUAUGGAAUCAGUGGCUGAUAUUGAGUUGGAAAAUGCCAAGAACAAGCUUGCAAUUGUUGAUGCUGAUGCUGGUGACGUCUCCGACAAGCAACUUUUACAAGAUCAAAUCACCACGUUUGAGCAUUUGAAAGCUAUCACGCCAAAAUUGUUGAAUCCUCACUCAAAAUCCAUCAUGAAUGUCGAGAAAUUGUUUGAACCGAAAUUGUUUGUGCCAGAUUUAGAUCCAUUAAACGUAAUUGAAUCGAAAAAUGGAAACUACUUUAUUGAUUUUGAAAAUACAACAAUAAAACCAUUCAUCUUAACUAGCUAUCCAAACUUUGUUGCAUACCAUGGAGCCAAAGUUUACAAUUUGGAAGAGGAUAUUGCUGGGUUUGCUGAGAUGGAUCCUGCAGAAAAGCAGCAGUAUGAGUUUAUGUACUACAAGACCAGAAACGAGAGGCUUUGGGAAGUUGAAUUGAACAAACGCAGACACGACUUGAUUGCAGUUGCAUCGCCACACUUGAAAGUCUUGAAAUCACCAUACUUGCAAGCGCUUGAUUUGAAAACCCCAAAAGAUUAUCUCUAUGUUGAGGGUUCAAUUGUCCAAUUACAAGCUAUGUGGGACGCUUACGUUGCAAAUGAGCUCGUCAAUCAGGACAAGAAUGAUCUGGUAUUCCCCAUAAAGUAUGAUGAGGAGUUCUUGGACAAGCAUCAACAGGACUUGAGUGAUUACCAAAUGGAAACAGUUUCAAGUCCAUUCAGUGCUACUGGUGGUUGGAUCCCUCAAGACAUGUUUGACACAUUAAGGAGCCAGGGAAUCAUUGUUGAAACUGGCAACGGGGAUUAUAAGAUUGAAACCGAUAAGGUGUUGGAGAAUUCGCCAACAGAGGAGAAUGCGUGA